CUCCCUUUAGCCUUUGAUUUUAUAGCUUUCACAAGAUAGAAUUAUUCAAUCAUGACGAGUAGAACUGUGUCAAACAUGAUCUAAUUAAGUAAUUAGGCAACUGUAGUGAUAGUGGAACUUGUGAUAAUCUAUUGAAUAUAUUUGUGGUAGAAAACACAUACUUAAGAAUUCAUCAAGUGAUCCAGCAGUGUUGUGAUAUAUUUUUUUAUUAUAUUUAUAUUGAACUUUCUUUUAUCAUAACAUAUUCAUUAAGAAUAUGGGGUUACUCUUUGCUAAACUGUGGAAUCUAUUUGGCAAUGAAGAACAUAAAAUAGUUAUUGUGGGCUUAGACAAUGCUGGUAAAACUACAAUAUUGUACCAGUUUUUAAUGAAUGAAGUUGUGCAUACUAGUCCUACUAUAGGCUCAAAUGUUGAAGAGGUUGUAUGGCGAAAUAUCCACUUCAUCAUGUGGGAUUUGGGUGGACAACAAUCUUUAAGAGCAGCUUGGAGCACUUAUUAUACAAACACAGAGUUUGUUAUAGUGGUAGUUGAUUCUACAGACAAAGAAAGAUUAUCCAUGAUCAGGGAAGAAUUGUACAAAAUGUUAGCCAAUGAAGAAUUAUCCAAAGCAGGUGUGUUAGUGUAUGCUAAUAAGCAGGAUGUUAAAGGAUCUAUGACAGUCUCUGAAAUAUCAAAAGAACUAGACUUGACCUCCAUCAAACAACAACAGUGGCACAUACAAUCCUGUUGUGCCCUCACUGGAGAAGGAUUAUAUCAAGGACUAGAAUGGAUAGUCAGCAGAUUGAAGAAGAAAUGACAUACUACCUACUUUAGUUAAAAUAAGUCUCUCAUCAUCGGUUGUAAACGAUUGUAAUAUAUUAGAGUACCUAUAAAAAAUAUUCAUAACAACUUUCUCACAUUGAGAAAAGCAACUGAGAAUCUUUGUCAAAUGAUUAAAUUGAUCAUUAUCUCAUCAACAUAUUUUCUAAAACAAAUAAUAGUGUUCACAUACUGUAUGUUUUUUUUUUCAGUGGCUUCUAUUUAUUAUUAUUGCUCUAUCUUCCUAUCUUUAAUGAUUAUAAUAAAUUAGGAAAAUAUUUGCAUCAUUCAUCAUGUUAGGAAAUUUCUUAGAUGAGUUUCCCUAGAGAUUCAGGGGUUUCUUUAUAUACAAUGUGACCCAUUUGAAAUCAAAAUACCCUCCAAAAUAUUUAUUAAUCAUCCGAUUUUGACAUUGUAACCAUUUGCAAUGCAUGAUAUACAAAUAAUAAUGAAUUGUAAUAAUAUGUGGUCACAUUUUUCGUUUUUUGAUUGAAUUAUUAUUUCUACAUUGAUUUGAUACAUCCAGUAUUUUCAAGUUUCUGAGGAUUCUGUUGUAAAAAAUAUCUUUUCUCCUUUAAUAAUCUUAGGGACAUCACUAUGUAUAAUGAAAUGUAAAUAAAUAAUUAAUUUUUGUAAUA